CAGUGUUGUUGCACCGGUCAUGUUAGCACCGUGUGGUUAUCGAGAUUAAAAUAGUAUCGAACAAUAAGAGAAAUGAGUCCCAAGACACCCAGGAGUGCUGGGAGUAAAGAGAAAGGUAAGAAGAAAGAUGUCUCAUCAUCUGAAGAAAGUUCUACAGCUACAGGAGCAGGUCACCCCGACUCCAUCUUUCCUCUGGUGCUCACCUCAGCCACGCAGGAGCUCUUCAGCUGCAGAGCCGACGAGGACGUAACGGCCGAGAAUCCUCACAAACUGCUGAAGAAAAGCCAGAUCAUCCAGGAUAUGAAAACCAGAGCGGCCGUGUCCGACUUCAGCCCCAUCAAACAGGCUGUGCUGGAUUAUCCAGAAGAUGAAAUGCUCUUGGUGUUUGAUCGGGAUUUCACUUACGGCCAGAGCUUCUACCUGGUGCUCAGAGUAGAGGCUAAAGAGAACAUUCUGAAGCCCCCAGUGGUGGUGGAAGAAGAACCGAACAAAGUUGAGGAGGUUGAAGAGGUGAUGGAGCAGAAGAGCCCUGAACCCCAGAGCUGGAUUUCACUGGGCAGUGAGAGAGAGAUCGAUGAGGAACUGGUGACAGAUACCAGAGCAAAGCUUCACUACAAGAUCUCUCGUGUACGGCGGGAGUUUGGUGCUCCGGUGAGUUUUUCUGACUCCAACGCUGAGGAGAUAAAGGGCAACUACACCGAGUGCACUUCCUACCCCGACAAGAACUUCAGCAUUAGGAGACUGGAACAACACUGCGGCAUUCAGGCCAUCAACAAUAGCAAAAACUCCUUCACACAGACCACAUGGAAAUACCCGAGGAACAUGUACACCCAGUACGAAGCUCGAGAGCUUAAUGAGGAGGAGAGGGAGAACAUCCUGCAGUCGGAGGACCUGAAGAAUUUUCUCAACUCCGCCAUAACCAGGUUCGAAGUUGCUAUUCAGCAGAAUGAAAUGAUGGACGUGUUCGUGGACGACUGGGGGACUCUGGAAGAAGUAGAGAACGCGUAUGAAGGGAAGCCAGAGACGCACCUGAAGGUGCACCAGUCCUUCACUGCCCUGAACUACAGCAAAGACAAAGCCAUCAGCUACAUCAGCUGGCAUCCCACCAUCAGCGGUGUGAUAGCUGUGGCCACUACAGAGCAGUUCUCAUUUGAGGAGAGGAUCAAGAACUCAACCAAACUGCUGCUGAACCCACCGCUUCUUCUCCUCUGGAGCGUCUCCAACCCAAUCAACCCACAGUUGCUGCUGGAAUGUCCGGACGAUGUCUUAUGCUUCGAGUUCUGUCCCUCCGACCCAAAUAUUAUCGUAGGAGGCUGCAUGAACGGCCAGGUGGUAUUAUGGGAUAUCUCAGGUCAUGUGGAGAAGCUGCAGGAUACUCGCAGUGGAGUAGGAACAAAAAACAUCUCAAACGCCAACAUGUUGUCCUUUGAUGAAAAGCAGGAAAGCGACACCCCUGUCGUACGUUACAGUGCCGUGUCAGCGAUCGAGGGCGGGCACAGAGCGCCCGUCACCGACAUUCAGUGGCUACCAGCCGACUUCGAGGUGUCGAGAAUGGGGAUCCCGAUGGAAAAUAAAAACGAAAUCUCGGUUCAGGUCGUGUCCUGCGCUCCUGACGGCUGUGUGAUGUUUUGGGAUCUGCGAGCUCCUCAUCUAGCCACUCAGUCUCUCACCCACAAGAAACCCAAAUCUGAGGAGAAAGUUCUGGAAAACCCUCAAAGAGUUCCUGACACUUUCAAACACCUCAACCUCACCUGGAAACCUCUGGUCAAGGUGACUCUGCCUAAAUUGGAGAUGAGUGGUGAAUACAGUCCUGUAAAGUUCAGUCUGUGCAACACUUCUACAGCUAAGGCGGCGUCUGCAGUGGACAGGUCAGAGGUUCCUAAUUAUUCAGUUCUCCGUCAGCCUUCCGCCAAGCACCAGCGCCAACUCGACAACAUCAGCACCAAAUUCUACGCCGGAACCGAGGAUGGAGAUAUUGUGUACGCUGACUGGAAACAGGAGAAGGACAACGAGUCAGGACGGCUUUACAGUCCUAAGCCUACUCACUGUUUCCGGGUCCAUGAUAGUCUAGUGAACACAGUUCUCCGUUCUCCCUUCUAUAAAGACGUCAUCUUGACGGUGGGUGGUUGGAACUUCGCCAUCUGGAAGGAGGGCGUUAUGAACGGUCCGAUUCUUCUCUCGCCCUGCUCUCAGAGAAAGUAUACAGUAGGGUUCUGGUCUCUAACCCGACCUGGAGUGUUCUUCAUCGGGAAAGAGGAUGGAAACCUGGAGGUGUGGGACCUGCUGGAGAAAACCCACGAGGCAUUGCAAAGCCAGAACAUCUCUUCCGCUAAGAUCAGCUGCAUCAGACCGUGGAUCAUUUCCUCUAAGCAGCAGCUUCUGGCGGUGUCUGAUCAUCUAGGCACCCUGCACGUCCUGGAGGUUCCCUGGACUCUCCGCCACCCGUCUCCUAACGAGGAAAUAAUUAUGAGCAGGUAUUUUGAGAAGGAGGUGGCGUGUCUGAUGUACUAUGAGAAGAGAAAGGAGAUACGAGCAAGAGAGAAGAAGGAGAUGGAUGCAGAGGAGCAGAGACGGAAGGUGGAGACUGCGGUGGUGAUGAAGCAGGAGGAGGACGUGGAGUUGAAGGCACAGAAGGAAUAUGAGGAGUUUAUUCAGAUGGAGAACCUGGUUCUGAAGAACUUGGGCUUCUGAAUCACAGAAAACAGGGUCGGCAUUUCCGGCUUCUUCCUGUGAGGGGUCGCCGGCGGGAUUUGGCACAGUUUUUACGCCGGAUGCCCUUCCUGGGUUCAUGAGUUACACUAAUGUAGUUUUGUGGUCAUGUGUGGAUUUUAAAGACUGUGUGUGUGUGUGUGUGUGUGUGUGUGUAAUAUAAACAGUGGAAGUGCAGCAGAAUCACUGAUCUGGAAAUACAAACCAAACCCAUCAGAGCCUGCCAGUGUUUUUCUAACCACGCUUUAUUCCUGUUAUUUUGCCAAGAGUUCAAUUUUCUUUUAUUUACUCUUUAUUUGAUUUUAUUUUACUACAUUAUUUCAAGACACUUUUGUAUGUAUAAAAUAUAAAACUUGUGUAUAU